CUCAAAAGGCAAAAGGAGACGUAACGCCGAGCAAGAAGAAAAAAUGCAACUUUGACGUGUCCACUAGCUACAUAUUAAGAAAACACAAAUGUUCGUGCUCUCUGCUAGAUUUUUCCAACAUAAUUAAGAUAAAAUGGGCAAGAGAGACAAUCGAGUGGCCUACGUAAAUCCAAUCGCCGCUGCACGAUCCAGGGGACCGGUACAGAACUCCGGCCCGACCAUACAGGAUUAUUUAGGCAGACCUCGACCAACAUGGGAAGAGAUAAAAGAGCAGCUGGAGAAGAAGAAGAAAGGCUCGCGAGCCCUGGCUGACUUUGAGGACAAAAUGAAUGAGAGAUGGAAGAAAGAGCUGGCAAAGAAUCGAGAAAAGCGGUUGGGUGCUAGCGACAAAGAAAAAGACAAAAAGGCAGCAGAGCGAGAGAAAGACGAAAAGAAGGAUAAAAAGGAGAAAAAGGAGAAGAAGAAGAGAUCCAGUAGGCAUUUUCCAUCAUCUUCCUCCUCCUCAUCGAGUUCUGAUUCCUCUAGCAGCUCCUCCUCAGAAUCUGAAGAUGAGCUCGAAAAGAAGACUGUGAAGAAAAAGCGGAAAAGAAAGAAGUCGUCAGCCAGGAGAGCAUCAGAUGACUCAGAUGCACACUCAGAUGCUGAAAAAAAGAAGAAAAAGAAAAGACUUAAGGAAGAAGGCGAUAACAACAAGGAUGACAAAAGCCGUCGAAGGAAAAUUAAAAUUGAGCCAAAGUCAUCUGCCGAGUCAGAUGGAGAUGAGAUGGCUGACACCAAGAAGAGAAAGAGAAGUAGUGAAGAGAAGGAUAAAAUCACAGACAAAUUGAAGAAAAAGCGGAAAAAGAAGCACAAGAAGCAUGGCAGAAAAAAGAAGAGAAAGGUGGCAUCUCAGUCUGACUCUGAGCUGGACUAGCUGUGACUUGACUGUUCCCUACUUGUGCUAUUUUUGCUUUUUUUUUUUUUUUUUUGACCACCAAAAACAUCCAGCUCAGAUUUGAACAAUUGCAGUGCUGUGCUGAGGUCGUGAAGCCUUGUUAAAUCAGGUGCAUCUUUUUUUUUUGGGGGGGGGGGGUUGUAGCGGAUUUGUUGACUGCAGGCGCCACCUCCGCUUUUCCAGUGUGACUGAAUUGUCCCUUUGAGGAGAUAUCUGCUUGCUCCUUUGCAUGGCGAGCAGAACGCUUGCUGUCAUGCCAGCCUCAUAUUGAAGUUGGACCUGUAUGAUAAAACACACCUCCGUUCAUUGAUGCACAACAGUGCACGUUUGAAUUGGGAUUUCUGAAUAAAGUCACAUUUUAGCCGUCAUUGCGGUUACUUAAGGAUGACAUUUUGAAAGUUUGUUUAGGAGCCCCCAACUACCUCCAUCCAUUGCUUUUCUUUUACUGUUACCUUGCAUGUUGUUGUUUUUUUUCCCCUCAUUAUUAAACUGCUAAAAAGAUGACCUACCUGCAAAAAAUGUGGAAAUUGAUUACAGUAGACAUGCUAAACCCUGGUGGUAAUUUAACUUUUACCGUAUAGUACAACAAUUGUCUUUACAAAGAAGAAAGUAGCCGCUUUCCAACAGAUCCUGCUAAAUCCAUAGCUGUCACAGAAAACUCAGCAUUGAUCCACCUUCGCCUCAAUUGUGUGUGCACGUUAUGAGACAUGACAGGCCCAAACAUCAUAAUUACGUGUGCCAAUAUCUAAUAUGAUGUAUAAAAUGCCAAAAUCCUUUCAGCAUAUCAGGACAGUAGGAUUGUGUUCAAAUCUUCACGUUUCAGGCAUUCCCUUCCACACACGGUGUUGUUUUGACUCUUACGGCACUGAUGCCACCUCAGAAGGUGGACAUUUGCUGGGACGAUUUCAUCCCCCAUUCAGUGUUGGUGGUGUUUAUACAUAACAGCAAAAAAUGUUACAAGUAGCAGAAAAAUAGCAGUGAUCCCUCGUUUUUCGCGGUUAAUGGGGACCAGAGCCCCCCGCGAAUGGUGAAAAACUGCAAAGUAGGAUUUGCCCUCCCCCCCUUGGGAAUUUUCGUGUAUGUGGGUACCAGAAUGUUUAAAAUAUGUAAACAGUAUUUAUACAUUACAUAUUUGUGACAAAGAUUACAACAGUACAUGUAUUUACUUAAAUCUUUAAUUAUACAGUAAUUAACAUUCAUCACCAUUGCCUUCUCACUUGACUCGUAGAGGCUUUUGGUUCACUCGGAGACUCUUGUGCUGGAGGCGCUGAUGGUGUAGCUUGGGUUUUACCUUGGAGAAAAACACAGUGGUGGGUAGUUUUGUCUUUGUUUUUUCUUUUUCUUCAAAAUUCCCCUGUACAAGGACAUAACUUCUUUAUUGAAGCAGUUUUGCGGAUGUUUGCUUCCUCUUUCUUGAUGUACCGUACUGUAGAUUCAUUCACGCCAUAAUGGCGUGCCACAGAUGCAUAACUUCGGCCCUCUUUGAUCAUAUCUAAAAGUUUCACUUUUUCGCUGAUGGUCGUCAUCAUCUUCUUCCUCUUGGGCGCCCCGGAGGAAGCUUUUGCAGGGGCACAGUGCUUAGGUGAGAUUGUAAGGGCUUAACUAAUCAAAAAAGGUCAUCACGAACACAACACUAAGAUACAGUAUGCGAGACAGUCAACAGCGUGGACGAGACUGGCGGGACACAACAAGGGAAGAUGCUGGGGGAGGCUGCGAUGAUGCGCAGCCAAUCAGCUCACGGGAUAAAUCCACUCGUGCUCUCAUUGGUCGAUGUCGCGUCGGGAACCAAUCACGCGCCUUGUAUGAGUGGCCGUGGCAUGUACAGUACAGUACAGUACAGGCAUGUAAAAAGCCUCUGAAUCAACUCAUCUCUUUGU